UUUCUCUAAGAACCCCGCAUUCCGAAGUCGAGCCUGCGAUCUUCAGCGCCGUAAACAACCUCGGGGGUCUCAGUUGAUUUGCGUAAAGCGUUCUUACCUCCUUUAACAAUUUUCAGUCUUGCUCACUAUGAAAUCUGAUGAUCCUGAGACGGACAAAACGGUGUCCAUUAGUCAAAUACAACCGCUUCUGGCUCGGAGUGUCCCUCGCGUGAUCGCGCCGAUUACUGACAAGAACAGUAGACACGAGAGAGAGCACGGUGGCGUUGCUAAGGCCACUAUCAUACAUUCUGAAAGCGGCAAGAAAGACCGCAAAAAAUUACGCAAGCUAGUCUCUGAACUUACUCUAAUGGAGGUGAAGAAAGAUAAAGGAAAAGACAGGAGAAGGAAAGCUGUUCGCGUGCCAUAUGUGGAUACUUCGCGCGCGAGAGGAAGUUCUGAUGUUGUGCGUCUUGCGAUCAAAGAACUUGGUUGGCGAGAGUACCCUACAGGUAGACGGAAUGGUUGCGACUUCUACUGGCUUGGUGGACAUUUUGAGAUGCCUGAAUAUCCAGAAACAGGAUGGCUGAGCAAAUUCUUUGGCAUGUCUGAAGCUCCCCACAAAGUAGAACUCACAAGACACAUCAACAGACUGCAUUUUUUAUUUCCUCAUGAGUUUACCUUUUAUCCAAAGACUUGGAUGCUGCCAGAAGAAUUUGGUGAAGUCUCUGCCUUCAUGUCCAGAGCAAAGAAGCCACCCACUCUCAUUGUCAAGCCUGAUGGAGGAUCUCAGGGGGAUGGGAUUUUUUUAAUGCAGAACAUUCAUGAUGUACAUGUGAGCACUGCUCUUGCAAGGCCCUGUGUUGUGCAGGAAUAUGUUGCAGAGCCUUACCUACUUGAAAAGUUUAAAUUUGAUCUGAGGAUUUAUGUUGUGUUAAAGAGGUUGGAACCUUUAGAAAUCUUCAUUUGCCGAGAAGGCAUGGCACGUUUCUGUACUGAACACUACCAGCCACCAACACAGAAGAACAUCUUCAAUACUUACAUGCACUUGACAAACUAUUCAUUAAACAAACACAGCUCAGGAUAUGUUCAAAGUGAUGCAGAGGAUAAGGGAAGCAAGCGCAAGUUAAGUGCCGUCUUCAAGCAAUUGGGAAAACAAGGAUGCAACAUUCCCCUGUUGUGGGCUGAAAUAGACCAACUUGCGUGCAAGACUAUCAUUGCUCUUUUACCAAUACUGAAACUUCAAACCCAGGUCCUAAGUGCAGAGCUGAAGCAAGAUCUCAGAUAUUUUCAAAUCUUAGGUUUUGAUAUUCUGUUAAACAAAGAUCUCAAGCCAAUCUUGCUUGAAGUGAACUCCAGUCCAAGUUUAAGAAUUGACUACGAAGAAGAGACAGUCCCUGGUAAAGUUGACUACUUUGUUAGCAAAACAGACCUGGAAAUCAAACUUCCUAUUGUGAAAGAUAUCAUGUCAUUGGCCUGGCAACAAAAGAAAAUGGACACACUACCAGAAAAGUCAGGUUGUCUUUACCAAAUUUACCCUAAACUGGCUUCCCAUUUAGAUCAUCUCAGAGUGGUGGAAAGAUGUGUGACACUUUUUAGACAUUUUGUGGGGGUCCGCACAUCCAACAAGAUGGGACCAACCUCCUUUAGAAUGAUGGCAAGGCGAUGUCAUUUAACAGAUUUUGGCUUCACUCUUGCUUCAUUUGACAUAAUGUUCAUCAACAUGAGUCGUCGUCAUCCAGGUUGUGAAUCAGGUCGUGCUUCUCUUAAUUUCCAUGGGUUUUGCGAAUCGCUGAUUGCAAUAGGACACAAGAAAUUUGCAUUGACUAUGCGGAAUGAGCCUGUGCAGAUUUUAUUGAAUGUUUUGAAACAUUGUGAACAUCACUUGGAAAAGAAUGUGAAAGGCUCACAACGCCGAAAGAUGCCUGAGCCUUACUUGAGACAGUCGCUAAGUGAUAGAAAACUGUCAAGCUGCUUUCAGUUCUCUUUAGCUACUAGCUCAUUGUUUUAAAUGCAGAUAGGCUUAUUCCAAGUUCUGCAUAAGCAUCAGCAAGCAUAAUUUGCCAGGGUUUGGGCAAGGAUUUUCUGUUUCUCUCUGCAUUACCCCCUUGUUUUUUCUUUUACUUCCUCACUCAUCCCUACAAACUGAGUGCAUGGAAAAGACUAAAUAAUUAUUGUAAUGACUUGAAUUUUGUGCCACUGAAUUCACUUAAACACACAAAACUAAUUUUGUGUUAAGGCAGGCCACUGCCAGGUUGAAUUGAACAGAGUUCAGUAGUGCAUUAGCACAACAUCUUAAGUACCUUCAUUACCACUGACCAAUCCACUGCAGUCUCACUCACACUACUGGUAGGCUGUUGCAUGCAAACAGUCAAGUACAUUUGCAUGACCCAAAAGUCUGAAAUCUUCAGUAUAGCAGCAAAAGGGCUCCCUUAAUUUAUGAUAAAAGGGUUGAGAUUGAAAUGGUCAAUUAUUUUACUGUUAUAAUCUCUUAUAACUGUAAAUAACAUCAAAUAAUCAAUCGUGAAUCAAAAUUUUUAAGGAAAAUAAACUUCACAAAGGUAAUAGUAAUUAGCAUGAAUGUUCAACCCCCACAAAGCUUCUUAGCAAUAACUUACUCCAAGUUCACAUUUCAUAAAUUUAAAUUGUUUUAUUGACAGUUUUAUUGAAUGCCUGAUGACUAUUUUCUGCAAGUACUGCCCUCUUUAUAAUUAGGAAACUUUGAAAUUAUGCAGAAAUCCAAUGUUAUUUUGACAACUACACCUUUGCUAUA